AUGUAUCGUGGGAAAGCUGCUGUCUUACAAGGUGCGAAGACUAACAGAAAUAUAUUCUUGGCAAUUUUAUUAGUCACCAUAUUUGGAUGGGUUCUAAUGGAUAAUAUUUAUACAGAUACUGACGUUAAAUCUACACGGGAAGAUAUCAAUUUGUUUACUAAUUUUGGCAGACAUGGUGCUAUGUCGAUAGAUAAUUAUAGGUCAGAGGAUGAUAGAAUCGGUAAGAAUCUGAGAGUUGAGAAAGAAAUUAAAGAUAUAAGAGAAAAGAUACGCUCAGGACCGAGUAAGAAACCUCAACAAAACAAAGAUAUGGUUCAAAAUAUUAACGUGGCAAAGAGACUACCAUGUGAUACAGACCAAGUGGAAUGUAAUUUUAAAGAAAUUCUUUAUAAUUCUCCUGUUGUUCUUCUAACACAUUCUUCAGAAGAUGAAUCAACGCAUAUUCAAGGAAAAUUACAUGCAACUUUUGAAACAUAUCCACAAGUACUUGUAGUUGAUAUGGAUAAGACACCACAAGGGAAAAAUUUGUUUUCGUAUGUUAAAUCGUUAUAUAAGAUUAAGGAUUCAACAAUACCUUUACUCUUUAUCAAUGGACAAAUGAUACCACCAGCUAGGUUACAAGAAGAUCUUCAAGAUCAAACAAAACAUUCUGACUUGUUGAAAAGACUUACUGAAUUGGGAAAAGAUAAUGUUAUAAUUAAGAAAAAAGUAAUUCCAUCAAAUGUUUGA